GCGCCUCUGCCACCCAUCGGCUGGGGCGGAGGUGCCCCCAUCGGAGCCGUGGAGGGGGACUGGCGCGCCGACCUGAAAGCUGCGCAUCUCCGGCCCCGAAUGAACUUGGAACCUGGAGGCGAGUCCAGAGAGUGGUUGGAGAAGCGGCUGGAAGUGGCAAUCACCGAGCAGAGGUCGGAGAUUUCCCGUCGCUUCGCCGGCUUUGAGCAAGCCGACAAGCAUUUCAAGGACUGGGUGCAAAGAGAGCACGAGCAGCUGCAUGCCCAGCUCCAGCAGGUCCGCUCCGCUGGGCAAGAGAGCGGCCAGCAGCAGCAACGCCUGGUGGGGGCCCUUACGGCGCAGAACCAAAAGCAGGACAUGCGCCUUCAGGAGCUGGAGGCUGGUUUGGCACAAGCGGCGGCUCAGAUGCAGGGCGUCAUGAACGCGGUGUCCACGGGCGUGCUGAGCGCUGCCGGGGGAAAUGGAGGAGGUACCGGGGAAGCAGCCAUGGGAGCGGCAGCCGUGGCUGCCUCGGCCUCCGCCAACUUGGAGGUCUUGCGCGCUGGCCUGGAGCGCGAGGCCAGCGCGCGGGUGGCCCUGGGGGUGGAGACGGCAGAGCAGCUGAAGCAGCUGAACGACAUGGUCCAGGAGCUGGGCAGCCGCCAACAGCAGCAGGCAGUCGCUGCACAUCAGAAGCUUCAGCAGAACGUGGCUCAAGAUGAGCAGGAGGCUCAGCGCUACGAAGCUCGCUUCUCCUCGCUGGAGCCUUCGGUGCAGCAGUUGAAGGAGGAGCUCGAGCAGAUGCGGGAGCAGCUGAACCGCAAUGGGACCGAGUGCUCUCGACGCUGCGAGGAGGCAGAGGAGAUGUGCAACAAGCGCCUCCAUGGCGUGCAAGAGGCUGCGCUCAGCGCGGCGCGCGAGCUCUGGGAAGAGCACCAGGGAGUAGUGGCCGAAUGCAAAGCAUCCCUUGCGGCGCUGCAGCAGAUUUUGGACUCCAAGGACAAAAUCGCUGCCCAGCUACGCUCCCUGCAGCAACAGCAGCGCGAGGAGGAUAAGCACGAGUUCUGGACGCAGUUCCAGAUGCGCCACGAGCACCUUCAAGCGAAGUUAGGCGACGCCGAACGGGCCUUGGCCGCUGAACAGAACGCCCGCAUCGAGGAGCAACAGCGUGCCGAGGGCAUCGUCUCUCGCUUGGGCCUGGCGCUUGAAAAGGCUCAGGCCUCGUGGAUCAAGGAGUCUGCGAAGCUUUCGGACCAGAUCCACGAAGCGAAGAGGGACUUCAGCAUCGACUUGGAUGGUGAGACCAAGGGCGUCGCGAGACGCUUGUCAGAUGGCCUUGAGGCGGCGCAGAGGCAGAUUGACGACCUCGAUCGCAAGAUUCUAGCGGCCCAGACCAACCUCAACGCCGUCUCCGAGCGGGUGGAGUCCUCGGCCCGCGCGCAGAACACGGAGCUGAGGGACUCGGAGGGCCGGGUCAUGCGGCAGGUGAGCGAUGUCCAGACUAUCCAGACAGGCAAGACAGCGCAGGCCGUUUUUGACAUGAAGGCGGAGCUAGCGAAACUCGACCAGGUCGUGGCUUCACAAGUCAGUUCCCUCCGCCAGGCGCAGGAGGAAAUGGAGGCCCGAGCGAUGGCGGCCGUUUCUUCCCUCGAUGCCCGAUCCUCCCAACGCCUGCAGGACGCCCUAGACUACGAGCGUGAGCGGGGCCGACAGGAGCAGGUGCGCCUUUUGGAGGAGGAGCGCUCCCUCCGUCUUCGCGCAGAGGCAGAGCGAGUGUCCUCCUUGCAGAAGCGGCUGAAA